UGAAGAAGAGGAGGAGGAUGCCUGCUGCUGCGCCCUGCCAAUGCUGAGAGGAAGAGGGGAGGAGGAAGGAAACGAGGAGAGAAGGGAAGGAGAGAGAGAGAGAGGGGGGCUAGUGGAUGUAGCUCUAGCUGUGGGCCGGGGGGUGAGCUACCUAGCCCGGGCUGCUCUGCUGAAACAUCCAUGGGUGGCUGUGUCGGGAGCCACCACGACUCCUCCGGCAGCUUGAACGAGAACUCGGACGGCACUGGAGUGGCUCUAGGGCGUAACCAGCCCCUGAAGAGAGAGCGGCCUAAAUGGAAAAGUGACUACCCGAUGACUGAAGGCCAGCUGCGCAGCAAGAGAGAUGAGUUCUGGGAUACGGCGCCAGCAUUCGAGGGCCGGAAGGAGAUCUGGGAUGCGCUGCGGGCGGCGGCCAGCGCCUUUGAGAGCAAUGACCACCUGCUGGCUCAGGCCAUCCUCGACGGGGCCAGCAUCACACUGCCGCACGGAGCUCUGACUGAAUGUUACGAUGAACUGGGGAAUCGAUACCAGCUGCCAGUCUACUGCCUCUCUCCUCCCGUCAACAUGAUCGAAGAGCGCUCCGACGAGCCCGACGGUUCAGAUCCAGACUCCGGGGCCGCAGACCCGUCCACGGGAAGCGCCAGCGACGCCGGCUCAGGAGGGGAGUGCCAGCUUCGACUCCGGCUCUCCACGGGUCGCGACCUCCGGCUGGCGGUCCGUUCCUCGGACACGGUGGGCAUGAUGAAGCGUCGUCUACACAGUCAGGAGGGCGUGCCUGCCGCAACCCAGCGCUGGUUUUUCUCAGGUCGGCCGCUGACUGACAGGCUGCGCUUGGACCAACUCAACAUCUCCAGGGACUACGUAGUGCAGGUCAUCCUCAGCCAGCCGCCACCGUCGGAGCCGGAGUCGGAGUCAACACCAGGACACACACCAGAGGCCUCUGGGCCGGCGGCAGAGGAGGGAGUGGCUGCACUGCUGCAAGAGCCCACGCCGGUGGAGAAUUAACUCCCCCCAACCUGGCAGCGUGGAGGGGGGGCAGUAUAAAAGAAGGAGGAUAACAAGGGAGAUGAAAUGAAUGAAAGUUGAUUCUGACUCUUCUCUUUCUCUUCUUCUUCUUCUCUUCUCUUCUUCUCUUCUCGUUGUUUUUGCUGAGAAGGGCUUUGUGUGGGCAGAGGUCGGCCUUCUGCCGGAGCAAAACGACUCUUGAAUCGAGAAAAGACUCUUCCUUUUGGUUUUACACGUUGAAAUUUUGACCUUUUUGAAGUCUUUUUAACUGUUCCUAUGGAAACCAAACAACAAAAAAGAGAACUAUGUCAGAUGGCGUUUAGGGUUUUCUUAGCAACACUGAUGUUUUCGAAUGUGUCUGUGUUUCAGUUUCCAUUCAAGUUCUGCUCUCUGGCAAAGCUUGGUCAACAGAAAUCUGUUCAUGAGGCUACAGGGUUAUACAUACAUUUAUAAAUACAUUUCCAUUACAACACGGGCAGUUCAGAAAGGAGAAAGGUUAACAAUCAUGACAGUUAUUCUUAAUUAUAUGUGAAUCAAAUCAACUUCCUCACUUGGGGAUUAAGUCAGUUUGCUAUAUGCUGUAAAGAAAAGGUCGCUGGUUAGUAAACAGAUGUGUCCUCCCUCUCGUCAAGAGGCUGCCGCUGGAUUAGACGCUUUAUUUCACUCUGCUUCACAGAACAAUCAGAGCAAUCAUGUAAUAAACAUUAAGUAGUCAGCCUGUGUGUUUGUGUGAGUGUGUGGAUAAGCGUGUGUGUGCGUGGAUGCUCAUAUAUGAUCAAGACACAACCACAUUAUUCAUGUGGCAAAAGGAUGGAGCAUCAGAAACACAGUUGCAUAUUUUGAUUAAAAAUAGAAUGUUUUUAAUUAAAAUUGAUCAUUGUUUCUA